CCGCCGGCCCGUCAGUCUGUGCGCCUGUGACUCCUCGAGGACAUCAUGCGCGCAUUCCCUAAUCUCGCUUUCAUACUUUUACCCUAUAUAUCUUUGGCACAGGGUGCCGUGGAAUACUAUGGCAAGUUCCUUGCCCCUCUGAAGAGCUUCCACCACGGCGUCAGCGGAGACGUGUACGCGGUCGACGCGAGAACCCUCCACAUCCGGGACUUCACUUAUGAUGGCGAAGGCCCUGCUGCAUACUUCUACGUAGGAGGCACCAAGGUCAUAAAUGGAAACGGCCACAGACUGCUGGACGAGCGGGGACUGCCACACCCGCUGAAGAGGUAUCGCAAGAAACACAUCACGCUGACGCUACCGGAAGGGAAGACACUCGCUAACGUCAAGUGGUUUGCUGUAUGGUGUGACGAAGCUGCUGUCAACUUUGGAGAUGUAAAGAUCCCGAAAAAUCUGGACUUUCCCAAGCCGCAGAAGAUAGCGCCACUGAACGGCGUGCACGCGGUCUCCUCGGAACCCAUAGUCGUUGUGGACGCGCAGACACUCCUCAUCCCAUCCUUCUCUUACGACGGUGAAGCUCCUGAUGCAAAGUUCUGGGUCGGCCGAGGCGCCAAGCCUAGCCCUCAAGGUAUUCGCGUUCCGGACGAGAACGGCAAGGAGGUUCCUCUGAGGCGCUACGACCGCAAGACCAUAGUUCUCACACUCCCCGGUGACUUGACAGUGUUCGAAAUAGGCCACUUCGGCGUCUGGUGCGAGGCCUUCACUGUGGAUUUCGGCCACAUCCAGCUGCCCUCUGGCCUCAACGUCCCGCCCUCUCUCAAGAUGCUCGGCGUCUCUCCCCAGUCCAAGCUCAACUGCGAAGUUCUACACGAAGAGUUAGCCUUUGAAGUGCGCUGGGCUGUAGCGGGGGACAGCGUAGUGGUUCAACUUGUCGCUAAACUAGAGGACGGCGAGUACAUGUCCUUCGGGCUGUCGGGCCACGAGAGGAAGAACCAGAUGAUCGGUGCAGACGUCACGGUGGCCUGGGUGGACCAUGACACACUCAAUGGGUUUGCCGAAGAUUACUUCCUGGAUGACAAGUCGCAGUGUUCAGGCUCUCGCGGUAGUUGUCCCGACUAUCGAAUUGAUCCGGAGAACACGAACAGUGUACGUUUGCUGAACGCAGCUCUGGUGAACGGUUAUUCCAUAGUGACCUACCAGAGAACGCUGCGAGCUCACGACUCCCUGGACCUGCCCAUAUACACCAACACAAGUCAGGCCAUUAUUUGGGCAGUCGGCCCCCUCAACCAGAAACGGGAAGUCUCCUUUCACUCAGUUUGGUCAAAAAGUACUAUCCUAAUGGACUUCGGGCGCACACCACUGUGGAACUGCCCCAUCCCGGAGUCUGACGCGGCCCUCGGUGCGUCCAACGAGCCGCAAGAACAGGAUGUCCAUGUGUCACCCUCCGUCCCCAACCGUAGCACGGUAGCCGAGAGCCAGCACAGUCCACCGCCUCCCGCCCCAGCCGUUAGGCAGAGUGAUGCGUGGGAGAUCCCUCCCAUCCAGUGUAACGAGCCCGACGACGGGGUAUUCUACGCCCAGAUGGGGCCCACAGGUGGCAAGCGAGGCUACCCAUCUAUUACCAAGCACGUGGGUUGGGGUAUCUCAUACUACAUCAACGGCCUUCUGAUACCUGAGAUCAAUGUAGUGAGAGGCAAGACCUACACAUUUGUGGUGGAGGGGGGGUUGGACCCGACCGUGCCUGCCAAGUAUCAUCCUUUCUACAUAACAGACGAUCCAGUGGGUGGUUUCGCUAACAAGAGUCCAGAGGAGCAGAAGAAAGUUCGUAUCUUUGCUGGGGUGGAGGAGUCACGGGGAGGAGAACUGGUACCCACAGGCUCUGGGCGACUCUGCAACUGGACACCAGACCCUGAGCAGCCUCCUGCGGACGAAUUCGUCUCCUUCGGCGCCUACCAGCGUACCCUGACCCUCAUCUGUGACCACGGAGAGCCUGGUGUCAUACAGUGGACCCCUGACGAGGAUACUCCGGACACUGUUUACUAUCAGUGUUUCGUCCAUCGGUAUCUGGGAUGGAAGAUCAACGUGUUGGACCAGUGUGAUCUCCCCGUUACCGCCGGGAGCUCGCAGGUAGAAAGCAGGAUCAAGUACGAGCCUGAAGUCGAGGAGUUGGAGUCCCGCCCGAGUACGUUAGUCUCUGCCAGAGUCAAACCGGAUGGGCCCAACCACCUACCUCUGGUGUCAGAUGUGGGGCUCAAGUAUCAAAAUCAGUUGUCUGAGUACAAGAAAACCUUUGCUCAAAUUCCUCAUAUUACCUUAAAAGAGGCUCAAAGCCACAGCACCGAACCUCCUACAGUGAUCGCUGCUAACCACAAAUACCCCCCGGAGGUGUCGGUCUCCGACACCACGGAGGACGGAAGAGAAAUGAUACCGGUAAGUGAGGAUACCAGUCAGGACAUCUCUACUGAGAAGUCAAAGCCGAUGCUAUCUGAACACAAAGACACACACAAUCGUAACGCGAGUGAGACGAAACAUCAAAGUCUAGGAGUCCCUUAUAGUCGCAACCCUUACUCCAGACCUCAUCUGAGGCGGCCAGUCAUGUCCACGAUGACCAUCAUCCGGCCACAACACAGAAGACCCGCUCCUCACCACCACAUGGUCGUAGUCUCCAAGCCGAUGAUGCACAGACCCCUCACUCUCAUGGCGGCCCCGUCUCAGUACCGGCCCGUGUUCGUCAAGAAACCGAUAUACCGCGUACCCGGUGCCGUGCACCGGCCGAUGGUCGUGAUGCCACCUCAUUCACACCCCCUUGAAACGAUGAUGGUCCCACCUAGAGGCCCUGCUAACCCCCAGCAAGUGUCUCAGAGCGUUUCUGUAUCGUAUUCGACCUCGAAAGGUAAAGAGAAACUUCAGGUGCCGAUUCAAAUCAAAACCGAACCAACUGAAAUGAAAAAAUACAUUCUCCCUCAACAACAGAAACCUCAAAAACUGGAAUAUCAGCAUGCCACUUAUAAAUCUCCUUAUGCUGUGAAUACUGGUGGUUUUAAUCCGGGGUCUUUAGUCAUAGAAGGUGGUUUUAAACCCAUUAUACAAAACGCACAGGAAGCACAGGAUAGAAUAUCGGAGGUAGAAGAGUCGGAUGACACCGAAGGUACAGUAGAUCUGACGGUAGACGACGAUAUGCUACCUGAUGUUGGUACCGGGCUAAAGGCAACCGAAUACUUCGAACCGAUGUUCAUUCCAUCGCCUCCCGAUAGUUUACAGAAACGCGUUAAGAAACCUACCGGCUUAGAAUAUGAUACUCUGCAAAAGAAGAAACCGUACAUCAGUCGUAAACCGGUGAGACAAAAUAUGGUCGUGAUCAGGAGAAGACCGGUGAGCCCCUCGUUCAGGUCCCAACAAGAAGACGUAGCAGACGAGACUCCGAUGGCUGCGGAAAGGAUGGACACAUACUACCUACCCCCUUCAGGUCCGGUGUACGGAGUUUCGGCCCAAGCGGUUUCCGCCGCCAACACCGCUACCUUGCUCACGUAUGACGGAAAAACCGUGUCCGUGAACAGCGUGGUACCUGCGCCAGCGUCGACAGAGGACGGGUACACCAAGCGCCGGUCCUCUGUGGCCGAGCUGUUGAGGAGCACUCCUCAGUUCGGACCAUUCAUGGGAGAUAUACCACCUCCUGUUCCUGACAAAGUACGCACAGAGAACAUUCCCCAGCUAUCACAAGCACUGGCAACCAGGCUAGGACCCGAGCCGGCCAAGCGAUUGGAACGAGAUAGGAUCGUAUCCGCGGCCUCCGAUCUUAAAGAAUAUCUUUACACUACAGACAAACACAUGAAAAAUAAAACCGACAACUACGACGAGGAGGUAGUAAUUGUUUUAGAUAAACGAGGCACUAACGACUCUGCUCUUACAGAGGUGAGAGAUAAAGCUCCUUUAAAAAACAGAAACAAGAGGUCUGUACACAGCGUUCCCGGGCAUGAAGAAGACCACGAUGAUCAUUUAAGUCACGAUCACGACCAUCAGACGAUGACAGGUAAGAACAGAGCAGUUAUGACAUCAGUGACUUCUCCAAUAGUAAUCAUUUUGGUAAGCGUGUAUACAUUACGAUUCUGGCAGUUAUGAGUGGAUAUUUCACGACGUGGUACGUAAGUGCAGAUUGGAAGACCUAAUUAUUGUGGUCUAAAAUAUCAAUAGGGAACUCAUGUGAUAAGUUGACUCAUUACUAGAAACAACUGUACAAAGUGUAGUUUUCUGUAUGGACUUAACAUAAACAACUGUUUUGAUUUUUACUGUACAUAUAUAUUGAUAAUUUGUUUUGUAAGAAUGGAAUAAACUAUUGCUUUUGUUA